CGCGCGCGCAAUAACGAUCUGUGACAUGUGAAGAUCGUGUCGCGCGAAUGGUAGGAAAGCCUAAGCCCAUUGAACUAGAGCUUCUGUAGGCAGACUCAGCCACGACGGUAUUCCCAGCUCGCCAGCGAAGUGGACAUUUGAUCAAUUCGACUCAUUAGCACACAAAAAAUAUAGAAGUCGCUAUGAGUGCCGAGAAGAAAACGAAGCCGCGAACGGCCAUCGUCAUCGGCGCUGGAGUAGGCGGAAUCUCCACCGCCGCACGUCUCGCCAAAGCUGGUUUCACCGUCACCGUACUCGAGAAGAACGCCUUCACUGGCGGACGCUGUAGCUUAUUGCACGCUGAGGGCCACCGAUUCGAUCAAGGCCCAAGUCUCCUACUCCUCCCACGACUCUUCCACCAGACUUUCGCAGAACUUGACACAAGUUUGGAAGGAGAAGGAGUGAAAUUGGUAAAGUGCGAGCCGAAUUACAAUAUUUGGUUUGGCGAUGGCGGCAAAUUCGAACUCAGCAGUGAUUUGGCGGUGAUGAAGAGAGAAGUGGAAAGGUGGGAAGGAAGGGAAGGAUAUAUCCGAUACUUGCAAUUCUUGCAAGAGAGUCAUCGGCAUUAUGAGCUCAGUGUGGAUCAUGUGCUGUUGAAAAAUUUCACGGGAUUGCUGGACAUGCUGCGGUGGAGUUUUCUGAGAGAGUUAUUUGCCUUGCAUCCGUUUGAGAGUAUUUACUCGAGAGCGAGUAGGUAUUUCUGGUCGGAGAGGCUGAGAAGAGUGUUUACUUUUGGCAGCAUGUACAUGGGUAUGAGCCCGUUUGAUGCUCCAGGAACGUACAGUCUGUUGCAGUACACGGAGUUGGCGGAGGGCAUUUGGUAUCCCAUUGGUGGAUUCCAUGCGGUGGUGCAAGCACUGGUGGGAAUAUGCGAGAGGCUUGGUGUGGACAUUCGGUUACAAACGCCUGUCAAGCAGAUCCUUCUCACUGCGGAUGGCAGCAGGGCGACAGGCGUCCAGCUUGAAAACGGGGAGACUCUCCAUGCGGAUGUGGUCGUCAACAACUCCGACUUGGUCUACGCCUACAACAACCUUCUUCCGAAGCAAACAGCAUACGCAGAAGACCUCUCCUCCCGACCUGGUUCCUGCUCAAGUAUCUCCUUCUACUGGGGUCUAUCAAAGACCGUCCCUGAACUCCAAGCACACAACAUCUUCCUCGCGGAUGAAUACAAGGAGUCCUUUGACAGCAUUUUCAAACGACACCUCAUCCCCGACCAACCAAGUUUCUACGUCAAUGUCCCAAGUCGCGUCGACCCUUCCGCUGCUCCCGAGGGCAAAGACUCUGUCGUCGUUCUCGUGCCCGUCGGUCACCUCCUUCCCCCAUCUCAAGCUACAUCACCAUCAAAAUCAACUUCAGGUGGCACCCUCCCAUCGCCAACACAGGACUGGCCCGCCAUGAUCGCGCUCGCACGUCGCACCAUCCUCUCUACCAUCGCCGCCCGCACAGGCGCUGACCUCACAGAUCUGAUCGUCCACGAACAGACCAACGACCCUACAACAUGGCGGGACACUUUCAACCUCGACAAAGGCGCCAUCCUAGGCCUAUCACAUUCCUUCUUCAACGUGCUAUGUUUCCGACCCACUACGCGCGCCCGCCGACCCGCGUCCAUCGAUGCGCUAGCCGCCAAACUAGGCCUCGUGGGCAGAGUGCUCGAGGUUUUGGGGGACGUCUUCCGCAGCGAGCAUGCGCGCAGCGUACAGGGUCUUUACAUGGUCGGAGCCUCGGCGCAUCCGGGUACCGGCGUGCCGAUUGUACUCGCGGGUGGACGGCUCGUGGCAGAGCAGAUUCUAGGGGAUCUCGGCAUGGAUAUCCCAUGGACAGGAAAAUUUGAUGCCAGCGUACGGAUUGGUACGAAGAGGGAUGAGAAGCUGGACAAAGUUCAGAAGCCUUGGUGGGCGGAGACAUGGCUUGUUGCAAUUUUCAUGCUCAUCUUAGCUGGAAUCAGGGGUCUGUUCAUGGGUAACAAAGGAUGGUAAAUUCCGUAGGGCGGGUUGAGUGCAUACAGAUAGAGCUUAUCAUGAUACCAAAAAGUUUCAGACGUC